AUGCCCGCGGAGUCCCAGCACCCGCUGGAAACCCAGCGAUCGUUGAGUUCCAGCGAGCGCUCGCUGUUGGGUACGUUGAAGGCAUACUCCCACCACUCAAUCCACCUCAAUCCAAUCUCAGCCACUCUAAAUUCGCCCAAAGGCUUUGGACCCGCCCCAAAGAAAGCGAGCAAAUCCAAGAAACCAAACAAGAAAUAUGAAAGCGAAGACGAAGACGAAGAAGAGGAAGAAGAAGAAGAAAAUGAGAGAGAAGAAGGCGUGAUUCCGGAAAUCGUGACGAAUAGGAUGAUGAGCAGAAUGGGACUGUCAGUUGGAAUCCCACUUUUCAUUGGGCUCUUAUUCUUCCCCUUCUUCUACUAUAUCAAGGUAGGGCUGAAAAUUGAUGUCCCCACAUGGGUGCCCUUCAUCGUGUCGUUUGUCUUCUUCGGGACUGCGCUUUUGGGGGUCAGUUAUGGAAUUGUGUCGGCCAAUUGGGAUCCCUUGAGGGAAGGCUCCCUGCUCGGCUGGACUGAGGCUAAGAAGAAUUGGCCUGUUUUCUGGCAGUCCAUUUGGGGUGGGAAUAAAUUAACAGAUGGUGGGGACUGGCUGAAAAAUCAUGGGGAAUUAUAA